AAAUAUUUUACAAUGACGGAGGAGAAAGUUUGCUUCAUUCGUUCUUCGAUAAGGACCUACCAGUGAAGAUUGUAACGCAUGGGUUUACCGAUAGUAUAGAUGCACUUUGGCUAAAAUCAAUGUCGGAUGCUUUCUUAAAACACGGCCCGAUGAACGUUGUACUCACAGGAUGGAAGAAUGGGGCAAAGGCACCAUAUUAUCCCAAAGCUGUUGCCAACACGCGCCUAGUCGGAAGACAAAUAGGUCUACUGGUAAACUUAAUGGUCAACGUGAUGGGGACCAAGUACGAUCAAGUUCAUUUAGCGGGCCAUAGUCUUGGUGCUCACAUUUCUGGGUACGCAGGGGCAUAUCUGGACGGGAAGAUUGCACGAAUAACUGGCUUAGAUCCGGCCGGACCAUUUUAUGAGAAAUAUCCAACAAUAGUUCGUCUCGAUAAAUCUGAUGCCAAAUUCGUAGAUGCAAUUCACACUAACGGAGCUCCUCUAACACAUGAAGGAGCGGGGCUGCAAAAAAUAUCUGGCCACGUGGAUUUCUACCCUAAUGGCGGUGCCUUUCAACCCGGGUGUGGAGACCCUGUAAAAGGUUCUCUUGGGCAACUAUUCCAGGGACACUUAACAGGGGCAGAGGGCGUGAUAGCAUGCAGUCACAGAAGGUCCUAUUAUUUCUUCACGGAAUCCAUCAAUUCCGUUUGCCCGUUUACUUCUUACCAAUGCACUGACUGGGAUACAUUCAGACGAGGGGAGUGCAUGGACUGCAGCAGAGGUCAGUGUUCACAGUUGGGCUACCACGCGGACCAGUUCAAUGGCACCGGAAAAAUGUAUCUUCAAACGCUUGGUGCUUCUCCCUACUGCGGCUAUCAGUACAGAGUUACGCUUACCGUCGCAGAUGACAGUCAAGGAUUAGUGAAAAUACGAGUAGUGGGGGAAAACGGUGUCUCGGACGUUUUAGAGCUUUCUGAAAAGCCGGACAAGUUGCAUAUUCAGCAACCUCUUCAGAAGAUCUUUAUUACCAAGAAAGACCUGGGGGAUAUAAAAGAUGUUCAAGUGUUCUACGACAGACAAGAGCGUCUGCUCUGGGGGUUCGUUGCUGGUGGUGAUGCUAGCUUAAAACUGGAUACUGUGACGAUAUCUACAGGGGAAAAGAAAAAUGCCUGGACGUUCAGUGCUGACCAGGUCGAAGUAACUGAUGAUGCCUGGGUUUCCCUUGUAACUAAAACGACAAUAAAAGGCGCUGAUGCAGACCUGGGACCACAAUUCAUCGGUUGACUUUAAAGGAAAUGAAGUUUAUUGGCUUGAAAUUCUGUCCAUCACAGUGAUUA